AGCAUUAUGAGGGAAUUUCAAGAGGUGUAUUCAUUCAUAUUACAUAUAUUUACAAUAUAUUUUGAUUUGUAAAAAAUAUUGUCAAACAAAUAUAAUAAAUAAUGUUGGAGAAAUAAAAAAAUAUAAUAAUAACUACCAAAAAGUAGUUAUCAAACUGAUUUUCCUGAACCCCCUUUUUUUUUUCACAUUAAACACCCACAGGUGUAGGACUUGAAUCCAUAAAUUCAAGCUUGUUCAGGGACCUCAGCAUUACCCUCAACUGCUAAGCGAAGACAUCAGUGGUUCUUAACCCCUAAUUAAACAGCUAAAACUUUAAUUAUUUCCCUGGUACUGGAAGCAUCACCCUUAUUCUUUCAACCUUUUGACUUUCCGAUAUACCUUCAACUAUACACCACCCUCUUCAAGAUUUCAACUAUACUCCUUUCCAGUCCCUUUUCUGUAACAUCAUUGAUCAUCCACCGAAACCUUCUUCAUCCGUCCUCAACAUCAAUCCAAGUUUUCUGAUUAGAUACUACUAUGUGAUUCUCAUCCGUUUUUCUUCCCCCAUCCUCUUAUAAACGUAGUUAGAUCGAGUUGAAUGGCUGAAAUAGCAGUGUGUUUUCUGGUGGACCAGCUCUCGGCAUGGAUUUCCAAAGAGCAACAGCUCCUGGGAAGCCUCAGGGAAAAUGCAGAGUCUAUUCGAGACGAGAUGGGCCACAUCAGAGCCUUUUUAAGGGUGGCAGAUCAAAAGCAAGAAGUUGACCCACAGCUGGAAGAAUGGAUCAAGCAAGUUCGAGAUGUUGCUUAUGAUGCCGAAGAUGUGAUGGACAAAUUUAUGCUCUGGUUGGCAGGGCGCCGGCGGACAGAUGGGGUUCUUGGCCGUAUCAAACAAAUAUAUGUCUCGGUCAAGAAUUUGAAAGCUCGCCAUCAACUUGUUUCUGAAAUGCGAGCAAUUCGGUCCAGGGUGCAAAGCAUUUCAAAAGGACAGCAGCGAUACAAAGACAUCUAUGGGACUUCCGAAUCUGCUCCUGCUAGGAGAACGUGGUAUGAUAGUCGAGGAGAUGCACUAUUGCUGGAAGAAACAGAGGUUGUGGGCAUAAAAAAGCCAAAGAAACAACUGGUCGAAUGGCUUUCUUCAACUGAUCAUACUUCUGGUCUUAAAGUGAUAUCAGUGGUGGGAACUGGAGGGUUGGGUAAAACCACCCUGGUCAGAAAGGUCUAUGAUGAUGCAGCAGUGAGGUUGCGUUUCAGUACUCGUGUGUGGAUGACAGUUUCAAACUCGUUCAAGCUCUACGAGCUUCUGAGAACCAUGAUCCGGAGGCUUACUGCUGAUGUCAAUAAACAGCCUCCUCAGGGACUAGAAGCCAUGGAUGCUGAUGAAAUGAAGGAAUUUGUUCAUAAGUUUCUCCAGAAUAGUACUUACAUAGUAGUUCUAGAUGAUAUUUGGAAUCUCACUGCCUGGGAGGCUAUUAGGUAUGCAUUUCCCAGAAGCGGAACGAGUGGCUUCAUCAUUAUCACUACUCGUUUUCAAAGCAUAGGCUGCGCUGCUAGUACUGAAAGUAAUGGAUACCUCUAUAAUAUGCAACCUCUGCCUCAAGAAGAGUCAAAGACAUUGUUCUACAGAAAGGCCUUCUUGGGGGGCUCAUGUCCUAGUUAUCUGGAACAAAUUGCCAACAUUGUCUUGAAGAGAUGUGAAGGUCUGCCCCUUGCCAUUGUAGUUAUCGGAAGCCUCUUAGCUACCAAGAACAACAACAUUGAAGAAUGGAACAAGUUCCUCCGAAACCUUGGUGAUGAAUUAGAAGGCGACCGUCUAAGGAGAAUGACCAAAUUACUCUCCCUCAGUUACUAUGACUUGCCUUACUAUCUGAAAUCUUGUUUCUUGUACUUAAGCAUUUUCCCAGAGGAUCACAAUAUAUAUAUGACCAGGCUGAUUCGGCUGUGGAUCGCUGAAGGAUUUGUACAGCCAAAGGAGGCGAAAACAAUGGAAGAAGUUGCAGAGGACUAUGUUAAAGAGCUGCUUGACAGAAGCCUAAUCCAAGUCAGAGAGACACCAGAUUACAAUAUGCCCGUAAGAAUUCAUAUUCAUGACAUCCUGCAUAGAAUGAUCAUAUCCAAGUCGAAAGAACAGAGCUUCGUGACCAUAGCUAACGGUGGACACACGCAAUGGCCAGCUAGGGUCCGACGACUAGCCAUUCAUGGUUCCGUAGACAAUAUGGCAGAUCUUGGAAGCAAUCAUCACAUCCAAUCUGUGGUUGUGCUGGACAACCACCAUCGAGUAUCUAACCUGACAUUGUCCAAGUUGCUAGGCAGUGCUUGUGGGCUACUAAAGGUAUUAGAACUCAGAGGUUCUUUGACAGAGAAGAUCCCAGAUGAAGUUUUCAAAUUAUAUCAGCUCAGGUACCUCGGCCUAAAUACCACAAAUGUAAAUUCCAUCCCGAAAUCAAUCCAGAACCUUGAGAAUCUAGAGACAUUAGAUCUCAGUGACACGAAAGUGGCAGAAUUGCCAGUUGAAAUUCUAAGGCUCCGACGACUUCGUCAUCUCUUGGUCUAUAAUUCCACAAUUCACAGAGGUUACUGGCCUUUUGAUGAAGAACACAAUUGUAGAGCUCCGUACAGAAUCGGAUGCUUAUCAUCCCUACAGACUCUUUCACACAUUGAAGCUACUCAAGCUAAUGAAACUAGGGUUGUGAGGGAGAUAGGCAAGCUAACACAACUGAAGAAAUUAGGAGUCACGAAGCUGAGAGAAGAAGAUGGAGAAGAACUGUGCAUCUCACUCACAAAGCUCACAGUCCUCCAGUCACUGCUGAUUGCAUCAAUUGACGAAGAGGAAAUAAUGGAUUUGCAGUAUCCUCUGUCUCCGGCGCCUCCAAUCAGAUGGUUAGAACUGAGAGGGCGGUUACUGAAGGUACCCGAGUGGAUACCUUCUCUUCAAGGCCUCACCGGGUUGCAUCUGAGAUGGAGCAAGAUCAAUGAGGAUCCAACGGAAUCCCUUCAACAUUUGCCCAACUUGAGGUUUCUUGAACUCGACCUUGCCUAUGAAGGUGACAGAUUGUGCUUCAAAUCAGCAGGGUUUAAGAGGCUGAAGAAGCUUUUACUUGUAAGGUUAAACGGAUUGAAAUGGGUAGAGAUUGAGGAGGGUUCGAUGCCCUUUCUCCAAGCGCUGUGCGUACGGGGCUGCAAAUUGGUGGAGGAGGUUCCUUUGGGAAUUGAUCAUUUGACACAUCUUAAAUGCAUUGAGUUUUCGGACAUGUCUGAGAGAUUUGUUGAGAAACUCGAAAAGCAGAGAGACGAAGAAGGGGAUGACUGGAAGCUGGCGCACCUUCCCAAAAUCGAGAUAUAUUCUCUGAUUAACGAAAAAUGGCAAGGCAGGCGGUUGUAGUAGUCCUCGUCGCGGCUCCAUUAAGUUUGUAUUAAUUAUACCAUAAAUAUAAUUUAUUUAUUUUAUAAUUAUUAUAAUUAAUUUGAUUCCACCAAACUCAAAUAUGAAUUUUCUAGAAUAGGGAUAAUAAAAU